UUAAUUAAUUUUAUAUUGUCCAACAAUAAAUUAAUUAUGUUAUCACCAUAACAAUUGACAGCUAAGUCGGUAAAAAUUUAUCCUUGAUAUUUAAGUAGCUUUAAAUUACCUUCCUCUGAUUCAGGAUCAUUUACAGGCUCAAUAUUCACUUUCAUUGUUUACGUUUUUUUGAUACGCUUCCGAAUAUUUUGAGACUCAUCUUGUUUUCAUAACCACUUUUGCUUCUUAUUUCAUCACUCUUGUAAUUCAUACCUGUUUACAUUUUUAAUGAUCACAAUACAACUAUAAUAAUUAGAAUGGUUAAUAUUAUAGAGGAAAGUAAAGCGGCGUUGGACAAAGCCAAGGAAAUUAUCCCAAGCAACAAUAAUCAUGGAUUUUUGAGUAAGAUUUUGCGAUCCAAAGAUGACGAGUCUUCUGUUCAACAGUUGGCAGUUGGAGGUGCCAGUGGAUGGGUUACUGGAUUUGCUUUUACCAAAUUCGGUAAAGUUGUCUGCUUUGGAGUUGGUAUUUCUCUGCUUGGUAUUUAUCUCGGACAUCGUUCCGGUUAUCUUAAGGUUGACAUGAAAAGAGUGGAAAAGGAUGCUGCGUCUGUGAAAAAGGAGAUGGAAAAAAUUGCCAAAAAAGCUGAAAAGGAGUUACCAGGCUUCAUUGAUAAAGCAGGAAAAUAUGUCUCAGAUAAUGCUCUUCUAGUUCUCGGGUUUUCUGCUGGAUAUUUACUUGGUGUGGCUUCUGCUUAAAAAUACAACACAACUUUAAGAAAACUUUAUAGUGGAUUCUCAUUUAUUAAGGUUUAAAAGGAUCGAGUAAUCCUUUUAUUCGUGAUAUUAUUGCAGACUUGAUAUUCGCAAAAUUUAUUAUGUUCAUUAUGAGUUGGAUCAAGGUGAUGUUGGAAAAUUGAUCCAAAAUUCUUAAGCCAUAAAUCAUGUGGAUCCAGUAUUUUUCUCGUUUGUCGUUAUCUAAUCAACUCAUCAAAUGGCCAAAUUAACUUUAUUCAAAUGCUGCUUUGAUGUCACUGAUUUCCCCAUUUAUUUCCCAUUUAUCAUUAAAUGCUAUUGUAGAGUAUUGAAUUAGACUUUUUGGUUAGCAUUUACCAUUUUACUUCAUCUAAUUUUUUCAGUCAAUCCCAUUUUCCCCUUGAAAUCUUAUCAUCAGUUAUUGAAUUGAAAGUUUUGAUUCAUUAAUAUUUCUAUAUUUCCAGCAAUAAAUGAAACCUUAUCAACGUUCAA